AGUCAAAUGUUCAUACCAUCGUAAAAGGGUCAUCGUACCAUGGUUCAUACAGACAUAAAUUAACGCCGAUUCCAAAACUUCAUACAUUAUUGAUUAAUAUUAAUAAAUAUAUAUUUAAUAUGUGAAGUAUUUUUUAUUUAUAUUUUUAAUAUAAAUAAAAUUUAACAUACCAAUCAAUUAAUUAUUCUUUACAAUACGAUUUGAUAGUGAUUUCUAUUCUGUAUGCAACCCUGCUAACACAUGUGCUUGAGUUUGUUUUGACAAUUGUGCUACAAGAUCAUUUUUCCAAACAAACCUCUGGAUCCAGACAUGGCCCAAACAGAUUUCCAGAAGAAUUUUCGUUUGGUUUUGGAGAAAAUCUUUAACAACUGGCAAAAUUUGAGGCUAGCUGUUGAACAUGGAAUGGGUGGACGUAAUGGACAACAACUAGCAAUUGAAAUUAUGGACUACACAUACAAAUAUUGCAUAGGCAAUGAAAGCAUAACACAGGGCGAGCUGCAAGAUGUUUUGGAAGACUUGUUAGAUCAGGAAUUCGACACAAUCUGUGAUGACAACUCAAUUCCAGAGAUCUGCCGUAAUUUAUUGCGCUACAAAGUGCUCUGUCUUAAAGGAGAGUAUGCGCAAAUUGAAAGCGAAUUAAGCAAACUGCCACAGGGCAAAGACUGGCUACGCCCAGAUGUAAAAAUUGUGUAUACACCGGUUGCAGGGGAAGAUUCAUCUUCAGAUGAAGAUGAUGAGAGUGGUGACUCAGAGGAUGGUAUGGAAGUAGACGAAGAAGACAGUGAUUUGGCCAGUUGUAGUCGUGUAACACGAUCACAAACACGCAAAAAACAAGAGGAAGAAUUCGUAGAACCUGAACCUGGCUGGACAACUGUGCGUACUAGAAGGAAAUAGUAUAUAAUCGUAAAGAAAUUUCACAUAAUUUAACUACCGUAGUUAAAUAAACAAGUUAACGUAUGUUAUAAUUUAAAAUGAAAACUCAAAA